UUACCGAUGAGGACCGAGAUUAUUUUCUCCGCAGAUCAGGCUCACAAAUCCAGCACAAGAUUGCUUCUAUUUUUUCGUAUACAUAUAUAUAUACGCGAACAACAUAAAACAUAUACGUGUACAACAUAUAAUAUACGUACGAUGUUAUCCUAUCAAUUUAUGGGAAAGCAAAAGAAACAACAGUGCAAUUCACUUGGUAAUAAUUCGGUAAAGAUACGGCGGGUUGAUAAAGCAUUUGAACCGUACCGACAGGCUUUCAUCCAUGGCGAUAUACAACAACAGAGUUAUAUAAUCAACGAGUUUGUGUCGAGUUUAGUAGCAGCUGAGUAUGCCAAAUUAACCGAAGAACGGGGGUAUUGUAUGGAGAAAUGCUUACCAAUCGAAGAGAUAUUUACAUGCAAUUUGUGUCGAGAGCUAUUGCAUGUUCCUGUGACGUUAGUAUGCGGGCAUACAUUUUGUUUGGAAUGUUUAGGAAACUAUGAGCGCGAAGGUCGGACAAUGUGCCCAGGUUGUGGACAAGAGUCAAAUCUUCACUACACAUCAAACAUCGUUGUACGAGAACUAUCGCGAAUAUGCUUCCCCGAGAAAACCUCCAUACGAAAUUGUAUCGUCGAAGCCAAUAACCUACUCCGCGAGAGAAAAAUGGAAGAAUUUAUGGAGUUAACAAAAAAUCUCUUGACAAAAUACCCAGAAAACGUUGAUCUCUUGCACUUACGUGCGAACGGGUAUCAAUGCCUGAAAAGUUACAGUGACGCUCUAAAUGUCUUAGAUUUUGCAUGUACACUUGCACCAUUUUGUACUAAAGUUUUAUACGCUCGAGGAGAACUGUUGGCAAGCAUUGAUGAGCCCGAGGAGGCAAUGGUAAUGUUCCUUCGUGCCUCUGCUUUGAAACCAAACGACCUCACUUACCGCGGUAGAUUGACUUCGUGUCUUGAGAAACCUUUAAGAAAUAUCUGCAAUUCAAGCGAACUGUGUUCCCCCAGCUCGUCCUACAACGCUGAUCAUGAAGCUACCACUAAAAGAGUAUUAAAAGGUUUGCCUGUAAAAUCCGAGCCAAAUUUCGACGAAUCUACCACGACGGCGCAAAAUAUGUCAAGGAGAAGGCCAGCUUGUAUAAAUGAAGAUGGUCAAGUUGGACAUAGAAAUGUAGCAGUUACAAUGAACUCAAAUGAACAUGCUUUUACAACCGACUCCACUGAUCACAGAGGCGACCCAACGUGUAGAACCGACGCAACAGAGAAAACCGUCGAUACUUUGAUGGAUCAAGACCGUUCAUGUUAUAAAAAAGAAGAAACAAAGAAUAUCUCACAAUGUCAGCGAGUUAGUUGUAUUCAAAGAAAUAUCAUAGUCCCACCAAAAUCCAAUAUUCCAAGUGAACUAGAAUGUAAACUGUGUUUCAAUCUACUCUACGAACCUGUUACCACAUCAUGCGGCCACUCUUUUUGUCGAGCCUGUCUAGAACGUUGUCUUGAUCACCGAUUUCAUUGCCCGUGUUGUCGGACGAACCUACAGAGCUAUCUGGAACAUUUCAUCAUGAAAAACGUGGGAACAUGUAAGGUGUUGGAGAGUCUAUGUCUGUUGAAGUUUAAGGACGAAUAUCAAACCAGAAGACUAGCUUACGAAAAAGAACUUUUGGACUUCUCAAGGUAAGAUGUCCCAUGUUUCAUUGUUUCAGAACGCAUAUUAUAAUGAGAAAUCUGUUGUCCUAGCUGUAACGACUGGUUGACAUUACAGACUACAGUUUCCUUGUUCAAACCAGUUUGUAUACAGUGUAUAGGGAAUUUCAAGCUCUCGAUUAACAAAAUAAAAGUCUGAGUUAGUCCUCCAACUACCGAACUACGUUUUACUUUAAAUAGAUCACAUGAUAGUGUUGGGAAAGCAUUUAUAUACUGCAUCGUGCGACUGCCAAUUCUCAUCGCCGGCAAAUCUCAUCCUCGAUUGAUCCGCGCGCGCGUGCUUUACGCAAUUAACAUAAAUUGCUUUUUUCAUCAAAACAUAUGCAAAAUGUUAUGUAAUCGGCAGCCGAUUAUGCAUGUAUUAUCAUUGAUGAUGAAUAAUUCAAACCAUUGGCAUUGGCAUUGCUAUAAAUUCUUGAAAUGCUAUUUGUUAAUGCGAAUGUUUGUCACGUAUUUUUUCAAAUAGCAUUUAAUAUUAAAGCUGAAUCGGCCCGAUUAAUCGUUGAAGUAGAUCUGUACCUCUGGUGAAGUCGAUUGCUAACCUCACAUUGUCAAACCGGUUUGGAAAAUCAACAAACAAACGGUCUAAAAUAGUAACUCUUCCUAAAACGUGACACGUUUGGAAGUCACGCGACUUUCAUUAUGGUUGUUUGAAAUGUCCCCUGUAUAUAAAUAAUGCGUGACUCUCGUAUAUCCUCUGACAUGCAUGGGCUUAAUAUGUAUUUACACAUUUCCUGAGAUGACAAUAGAGUAUUAUAAAUUGAACGGAAAAGUUUAAAUCUUUCUAAAUUUUAUAUUAGUACUAAUUACCUCAACAAACCCACAUUAAAUCAUACAGAAAACCGAAUUCUGUCCUUUUAUUGAAUUGGUUAUUUCGUCAGUGAAGGGUUUAAACUGUUCCGUCAUUCACGCACGUGUCAAAAGAGAAACAUGCUCACUCACGUGUUGCGAUCACGCGUAUGCUAAUAUUAUGGUUAUCAAGUAUAUGGGGGAGGGCGGCUUGAUUGAUUAAAACAAUAUUGGUACACGGCAACUUGAACGGACAUCUUGCAAAACAUCUGACAUAUUAUUAUGAUUUUGUUAAACCAUAGUCUUUCAAAACAUGGUUUGGAAACUCCGCUGAAGUCUUUGUUCUAUCUUUUUGUUCGCGUUUAUGCAGUUUUGUGCACGGUGAAUGAACACAUUGUAUUUCAGUAUAAUGAACGAAUCAUCCAAUAGCAAUGUUUCAGUUCAGUCAUUCAACCAUGCUAUUUAAAUAUUAAUAAACCUAAAACAAAGGAUGUGCACGGUGUAAGGUACAGCUCAGCAUAAAAUCCCAGCUCAUUAUAGCCGCUUUGAAGACUUGAAGUUCACUGAGUUUCCAGACCAUAUCUCGAAAGACUAUAUGGUUAAACUGUGACUGACUGUCUGUCGGCAUGUUAGAAUAAUAUGUGUUGGGGGUUCAACAUGUCUUUGCUUCUAGUCAGUUUAUUCGAAUAUUUGAUCCAUAUUAUAUAUAUUGUCUUUUUAUUUUUUGACAUAACCUACAUACUGUUUAUGUUUUACCAUGCACUAUUUUAAAUUUACAGAUGUUAUACACUCUAAAAACACUCUGGUUAAAUUUGGGUUAAUUCAACCAGUACGGGGUUAAAAAUCCACCUACACAAGUCUGGUUAAAAAAACCCCACCAUUUUCCUGGUUAAAAGUCCAAAAAAGUGUACCAAAUUUUUGUUGAAUUGAUAAUUUUUAACCAGGAAAUGGGUUAAAUUUAACCAGAAUGUGUUGGGUGGAUUAUUAACCCAAUUCCUGGUUGAAUUUAACCAGAGUGUUUUUAGAGUGUAUGAGCUAGUGACAUUUAUAGCAGCCCAAAUAAAAAAUAACCAAGUGACCAGACCAGAGAUAUCUUAUAUACACUAGAUAGCGCAUCUCUUUAGUAAAAUUGAAGCCAAGAAUAUUCCAGCGGUUACCCCCAUUUGAAUAGAUGGCGACAAUGUUGAAGUUUCCCACUCGCUAAUAAACGCUUAAAAAACAACAAUAACUUUCAUGAUUUGAAUAGUUUGAAAAUGUAUUUGGAAUAGGUUUAACUUAAUGUUUAACUUUCCUGUUUAAGAAAUAGAAAACAUACGAGUCUUCUUCUUAUUUCAUGGAAUAUCCUGGGUCUGCUAUCACGCCAUUCACGGCUUCAAUUUUUGAAUUGCAGAAUAAUUAGAUGCACUAUCUAGUGUAUAUAAGAUAUCUAUGGACCAGACAGCCGGCAGUCACUUCGUAUUUUGUAGUAAUAUACAAACUUUUGUUUGUGGUAGAUUUCAGCGAGCUUGCCGUUUAUAGCGUAUACGCUAAAGGCGCUGGGUCCGACCCUGAGUGUUUAUUGUCUGACUUGGCUUUUUUUUUCUCUUAAAAUUUGUUUAAUUUCUUUUUUCUGCCUUGUUUAACUCGUUUAAUUUUAAAAAGUUUUAAUAAUCUGUUUGAAUAUUGAUUUGAGUUACAAACUCAACCGCUGAUAAUCCUAAUUCAGUAAUUGUGGGCACUGACAAAGAAUGCCCAGGAUGUAGUAAAAUCCUUAUAAAUAAGGAGGUAUAUAAUAUGAAACUAUAUGUGAUUCUCUUUAUUUCAUUUCUUAUAGAUGCGAAAGCAACAAGGAUGAGAUACCGAUAUUCGUAUGCACACUGGCAGUGCCCGACAUUGCUUGUCCUCUGCAUAUAUUUGAACCUCGCUACAAGCUCAUGAUACGGCGGUGCAUCGAAAGCGGUUCGCGACAAUUUGGCAUGUGCGCUCCAGAUCCCGAGCAAACUUUUGCGACGGUUGGAACAAUGUUACAUAUAAACGACGUCAAUUUCUUGCCCGAUGGAAGGUCUGUUGUUCACACGGUUGGCAGCAGGCGCUUUCAAGUUUUGGAGCGAGGGUUACAAGAUGGCUACAACACUGCCAAGGUUGCUUGGCUUCAGGAUGAGUGUGAUGAGAGCGACUACACUAAACUCAAUUGCGAAGUCUACAACAUGAUGAUACAAUGGUUUGAAAAGCUACCGAGUGAGCAGAAGAUAUGCAUUGUGAAAGCAGUUGGGCGGUUGCCUGAUGCACUCCAGGGAACAAAUGAGAAUGGCCCCAGCUGGUUAUGGUGGCUGUUGGUUGCGAUGCCUUUGAACCACGAGGCAAAACAGAUCAUCUUGUCUAUGACAUCGAUCACUGAACGUUUAAACAGUGCAAAACGGUUCUUAGCAAUAUUGUUAAGCCGACUGUAAUGGACGGAGGAGCACUCGACAACGAAAUUUUGCUUGCGAUCGUGGUCCCUGGCCAUGUUAGGCUAUUACAUUUAAUACCCAACCCCACCCUGUCGAGGACCUCGAUUUCCAAGGGGGUUAAUUAGUCAUUUUCCCACAUGGGUAAUCAAAGAGAAUGGUUAAAGUUAAAAAAUGAACUUCCACAAGGGGUUCAAGUCUCUUCCAGAAGGGUCAAAUACACAGAUUUGUUUGUAUUGCUGAGGGGUAAAACUCCCCAAAGCAGAGGUCCUCGACAGGGGGGUUGGUUUUUAAAUGUAAUAGCUAAACGUCACUUCGCCGGGAUCAUAUAAGCUUGUAGUUUUAUAUGCACAAUAUUAUAACGCCUUAUAUAUAUAUAAGAUUUGGUUUCGUUGGUUAUAAAAACUUUUGGUAAAGUGCUCAAUGGAAAACCAGAGCAUAUUUAAAUUAAGGUACAACAAUCAACAAAAUCCACUAGGCAUCUUUAUUACUAGUUUCGUACCACAAAAUGUGGCACUCUUCAGAUAAUUUAUCUGAAGAGUGCCACAUUUCGUGGUACGAAACUAUUUAGUAAUAAAGAUGCCUAGUGGAUUUUGUUGAUUGUUGUACCUUAAUUUAUUUAUAUAUAUAUAUAUAUAUAUGUAUAUAUAUAUAUAUAUAUAUAUAUAUAUAUAUAUAUAGAAUGGUAGAAAAGACGGGUACCGGGUAAAUGGGUUAAUGGGUACCGGGUAAAUGGGUAGAUGGGUAAAUGGGUAGAUGCGGGGUAAAUGGGUAGAUAGGUACCGGGUAGAUGGGUACCGGAUAAACGGUACGUUCAAAGCGUUUUUAACAUUUUUAAUAUGCUGAAAUUAAAGUUCAAUUAAACACAGCCUUCAACUCAUCAUUAAUAGUAAGCUAUAUUGGACAGCCUUGGUGCAUCUCUUGUAUCCUAUUAUCUAGUCGCAUUGAAACUUAUAGCAACUAUAUACAACUUAUAGUAACUGGCUUAAUUUUACAUCCGCAGAUUUAAUCCUAAUCAAACGUAAUGAUUUAUUAAAUUUAAACUCCCAAAACCAAUGCAAAAAAUUAAUUACGCGCUGUUUACAUUAAACAACAUGUACCAUCGGAUGUUUUUACUGUUUUAGACGUCAUAAUUUAAACCAACACCGUAUUGCAUGCAGAGUUGCUACCAGGUAAAUCCUAAAUAUAUCUGGCAUUUUACCGCUAAUAAACAUGAUGCCAAACAGAAGUUGUUCAAAAAUCAUUGCAAAUAUUUCAAAACUAUUAUUAAUACU